AUGGAGGAAUACAACAAAUAUAAUGAGGGUGCUCUCCUUAGAAAUCGAUACCUCAAGGUGGCAGAUAUCAGUGAAGGCUCCUAUGGUCUUGUAUCUGUGGCCACUGACACAAAAAAUGGCGACAAGCUUGUUGCUGUCAAGUAUUUGUAUCCCCUUGAAUACAAGCCGAAACUGAAGAAGACCUCUCGGGCAUCUUCUUCUCCGGCUAAACUUCGUACCCCCUCUGGUCAGGGUGCAACGAAGUCCUCAGUUUAUAAGGCUCUUCGACAAGAGGCAGAGAAAGAAAUUGGCAUUCACAAGAUUUUGGGCCCGCACCCUAACAUAUCUACUUUGGUAGAUAGCUUCGACUCAUACUUGAUCCUUGAAUAUUGUUCUCGUGGUGAUUUGUACGAUGCCAUUCAGGCUGGUUCGGGUCCAUCGACCUCGCAAGAUAUCAAGGACGUUUUCCAGCAAAUUCUCAAUGCAUUGGAGUUUUGUCACUCACACAAUGUCUACCAUAGAGAUCUCAAACCAGAAAACAUUUUGAUCGCUGAAGAUUGGUCGAUCAAAAUCUGCGACUGGGGGCUUGCAACCACCAAGAGAACUAUCACAGAUAGAGUGGAAUUUGAUAUUGGUUCUGAACGUUAUAUGGCACCUGAGCUCUUCGAUGCUGGCGUUGAAUAUUAUGAUGCGUCCAAAGUGGACCUCUGGUCCGUGGGUAUCAUAUUGUUGACUCUAGUGUUUCAUAAAAACCCAUUUCAAAUUGCAAAUUACUCAGACAAGAGAUUUCUUCAGUUUGCGUCAAACCGUGAGGUUUUAUUCGAUAUCUUCUCAACAAUGAGCGGUGAGAUGUUUUCGGUUUUGCGUUAUUGUCUCAACAUUGACCCUGCCAAUCGUGAUCUUUUUAGCCUUCGAAGCGAGGUAGAUUCGUUGACUUAUUUCACGGUGGACGAGGAAUACUACGAUUAUGCAGAAGCUGACAAUGACGAAGCAGAUGCUGAGUAUACCGAUUUCUCCGAUGAUGAGGAGGAAAUAUUCAAGAAGAAGGAUGAAAUUCCCAAGAUAAUUGAGCUGCCUGCUGUUGCAGAAGAAGAACCAGUGCACACAGGUAUUUUAAAGGAACUGCCAGAAAAGAAUGGUGGAGCCAGUGCCAGUGAUGUACCCCAAAAAAGCAUUAAAUUCGACACGAUUGAUGAUAUUCCUCAUAAUCGGCGAGCAGACGCCUUGUUGUCUGCCAACACAGAUUUGCACCCAAUUCCAAUCUCUUCGGGGAUUAACGGCAAGUUCCAUCGGAAUACUCGUAAACCGUUCAAUGUUGCGUCUUAUAAUCAGUCCGGGGUCCACACUAAUAUGAGAUCCAAUACUGGAAAAAACUUCAAUAGGGAAGACUUCUAUACUCCCAAAUCCGUCCUAAGCCACUACAUGGAUAAAUAUGGUGAUAACCAAGGAGGGAAGAACCGGCGUUAUUCGCGUCAUAGUCACACGCAAAGUGACGAUUGGAAACUGAACUCAAGAGGUGGUGACUGGAAUACAAACGGAAGACGUAAACGCUCUUGGAAAAAGAGCAGAGCCCCCAAGAAGAACAAACCUACUUACAAGUCCCAAGAAACUUCUAAUCAUAGAGAAUUGUUGGGAAAAGCAGCUUCAGGAAGAGUCAAGCAGCAUCUGUUUUCAGGUUCGAGACCUAAAAAGAUCUUUCCAGACUCAACUCCAACACUGAUGCACGGUGUUGGCGCCAUGAAUUCUGCUGGGAAAUACGUUCCUCCAUUUUUGCGUUCUCCACAACACGUAGCCUCUCCUUCAGCUGAACCGCUAAUGGAGAAAAUGGAUAACCUUUCAUUGGAUGACGAAAUGUUUCACCUAGAAGGUGACUUCGACGUUGGUGGCUCGGAAGGUAGUACUUCAGGCAGCAAGUUGUUGGGGCCGGCAUUUAACGGCGAUUUUCCUCGAAGAAAUCCCAAAAUUCCACCGCUUUCAAGUCUGAUAAUGCAACAUGAUUCGAGGGUCCUAAACACAACUGGAGGCGGUCGUGGAAGCAACAGACGUUCCACAAAGUCUGGUACGAGAGAUCCUAGACCAUCAUCCAUGGGUCCUGUACCCCACAUCCAACCACUUGACGACUUGGUCAAUACUACGAUUAACUCUAGUGGUAAGUAUAUCCCUCCAUUUAGAAGAGGUUCUCACUCUUCAGCCAUGCCAAUCUCCAAGGACAAACUUCAUGAACAUGGGUCUUUCAACAAGAAUAAGUUUGAUCUGGUAUUGUUGAAGGAUGGUGGAGCCUCGUCCGUGCCGGUGCGGAGCGCAGAUUGGUUACAUUUCAAGAAAGACUGGAGUGACUAUGCCUGA